CCGACAUGGCGGAAGAUACUACCUGGAUGCUACAUUUUUCAUUCAGAAGAGAUGCACAUUAGAUUGCCCUUUGAGAUCUCAAAAAGGCAACUACUAAUCUAACAUGAUGCUUGCACAUAAGGAGGUGGCCAAGUUGGAGAAGCACUUGAGGCUUCUCCGAGAAGAAUAUGUUAAGCUGCAGAAGAAACUGGCGGAGACCGAGAAGAAAUGCACUCUUCUGGCUGCACAGGCCAACAAGGAAAGCACCAGUGAGUCCUUCAUCAGCCGCCUGCUGACGAUCGUGGCCAACCUGUAUGAACAGGAGCAAUACAGUGACCUGAAGAUCAAGGUUGGGGACAGACACAUCAGUGCCCAUAAGUUUGUCCUGGCAGCCCGCAGUGACAGCUGGAGUCUGACCAACUUGUCUUCCACUGAGGAGCUGGACCUGUCAGAUGCUAACCCAGAGGUGACCAUGACAAUGCUCCGCUGGAUCUAUACGGAUGAGCUGGAGUUCCGAGAAGAUGAUGUGUUCCUUACUGAACUCAUGAAGCUGGCCAAUCGCUUUCAGCUCCAGCUCCUCAGGGAGAGGUGUGAGAAGGGUGUUAUGUCUCUGGUGAACGUGAGGAAUUGCAUCUGCUUCUAUCAGACUGCGGAAGAACUGAAUGCCAGCACCCUGAUGAACUAUUGUGCAGAAAUCAUUGCCAGUCACUGGGAUGACUUAGGAAAGGAGGACUUCAGUAGUAUGAGUGCACAACUGUUAUACAAAAUGAUCAAAUCCAAGACUGAGUACCCGUUACAUAAAGCGAUCAAGGUGGAGAGAGAAGAUGUGGUCUUCCUUUAUCUCAUUGAGAUGGACUCACAGCUCCCUGAGAAGCUGAACGAAGCAGAUCACAAUGGAGACCUGGCGUUAGAUCUGGCCCUUUCACGGCGCCUGGAGAGUAUUGCCUCGACGCUGGUUAGCCAUAAAGCUGAUGUGGACAUGGUAGACAAGAAUGGCUGGAGCUUGUUACAUAAAGGAAUCCAAAGAGGCGAUCUCUUUGCUGCCACCUUCCUUAUUAAGAACGGGGCCCGUGUCAAUGCUGCCACGUUGGGUGCCCAGGAGACACCACUGCACCUUGUGGCUUCGUACACUUCGAAGAAACACUCAACAGAUGUGAUGUCUGAGAUGGCACAGAUUGCUGAGGCUCUGCUCCAGGCUGGUGCCAACCCCAAUAUGCAGGACAGCAGAGGCAGGACUCCUUUACACGUGUCCAUCCGGGCCAGGAACGAGCAGGUGUUCAAUCAGCUGCUGCUGUGUAAACAGUUAGACCUGGAGCUAAAAGACCACGAGGGCAGCACAGCCCUGUGGCUGGCGGUGCAGUACAUCACCGUGUCUUCUGACCAGUCGGUGAACCCCUUUGAGGAUGUGCCUGUGGUUAAUGGGACCUCCUUUGAUGAGAACAGCUUUGCCGCCAGGCUCAUCCAGCGUGGCAGCAACACCGAUGCACCCGAUGCACUGACAGGAAAUUGUUUACUGCAGCGCGCAGCCGGAGCAGGAAAUGAAGCAGCAGCUCUUUUCCUGGCAACCAAUGGUGCCCAUGUCAACCACAGAAACAAGCGGGGAGAAACCCCGCUGCACACUGCGUGUCGGCAUGGCCUGGCCAGCCUCACGGCAGAGCUCCUGCAACAAGGUGCCAACCCCAACCUGCAGACAGAGGAGGCCCUGCCUUUGCCGAAGGAGUCUGCGUCCCUGGCUGGCUCCAUUGACAGCGUCUCUCUGCAGACACCAUUGCACAUGGCGAUUGCCUAUAACCAUCCAGAUGUGGUGUCCCUCAUCCUAGAGCAGAAAGCCAAUGCCCUUCAUGCCACCAACAACUUGCAGAUUAUUCCGGACUUCAGCCUCAAGGACUCCCGAGACCAGACUGUGCUGGGCUUGGCUUUGUGGACUGGCAUGCACACGAUCGCAGCCCAGCUACUGGGCUCCGGGGCUUCCAUCAACGACAGCAUGUCCAGUGGGCAGACCUUGCUGCACAUGGCCAUCCAGCGGCAGGACAGCAAGAGUGCGCUCUUCCUCCUGGAACAUCAGGCGGAUAUAAACAUCAGGACUCAGGAUGGGGAGACAGCCCUUCAGCUGGCCAUCAGAAAUCAGCUUCCGCUUGUGGUUGACGCCAUAUGUACCCGAGGAGCCGACAUGUCCGUGCCAGAUGAGAAGGGGGACCCUCCACUGUGGCUGGCGCUGGCAGAUAAUCUGGAGGACAUUGCAUCUACUCUGGUCAGACACGGCUGUGACGCCACGUGCUGGGGUCCAGGACCCAGUGGGUGCCUUCAGACACUGCUGCACAGAGCCAUCGAUGAGAACAACGAGGCCAUUGCCUGCUUUCUGAUUCGCAGUGGCUGUGAUGUGAACAGCCCCAGGCAACCAGGUGCUAAUGGAGAAGGAGAGGAAGAAGCCCGAGACGGGCAAACCCCGUUGCAUUUGGCAGCCUCUUGGGGACUGGAAGAGACGGUGCAGUGCCUUCUGGAGUUUGGUGCCAAUGUUAACGCACAGGAUGCAGAGGGAAGAACGCCUGUCCAUGUGGCCAUCAGCAACCAGCACAGUGUCAUCAUUCAGUUGCUGAUCUCUCAUCCUGAUAUCCACCUGAAUGUCCGAGACAGACAAGGGCUGACCCCGUUUGCCUGUGCCAUGACUUACAAGAACAACAAGGCGGCUGAGGCCAUUCUGAAACGAGAGUCUGGGGCGGCUGAGCAGGUAGACAACAAGGGCCGGAAUUUUCUCCAUGUGGCAGUUCAGAACUCUGACAUUGAAAGUGUCCUGUUCCUGAUCAGUGUCCAGGCUAAUGUGAAUUCCAGAGUCCAGGAUGCUUCCAAAUUGACCCCUUUGCACCUCGCUGUCCAAGCAGGCUCAGAGAUCAUUGUCCGCAACUUGCUUCUUGCAGGAGCCAAGGUGAAUGAACUAACCAAGCACCGCCAGACCGCCUUGCACCUUGCCGCCCAGCAGGACCUGCCCACCAUCUGCUCCGUGCUCCUGGAGAAUGGAGUGGACUUCGCCGCUGUCGACGAAAACGGCAACAAUGCUCUUCAUCUGGCCGUCAUGCACGGUCGGCUCAACAACAUCCGGGUUCUCCUGACCGAGUGCACAGUGGAUGCCGAAGCCUUUAAUCUGAGAGGCCAGUCACCACUGCACAUUCUGGGACAAUAUGGCAAAGAGAAUGCAGCAGCCAUCUUUGAUCUCUUCCUGGAGUGCAUGCCUGAGUAUCCUCUAGAUAAACCAGAUGCAGAAGGAAACACAGUGCUGCUCUUAGCCUACACGAAGGGGAAUGCCAACUUGUGCCGUGCCAUCGUCCGGGCUGGGGCUCGCCUCGGGGUCAAUAACAACCAAGGAAUCAACAUCUUCAACUACCAGGUGGCCACCAAGCAACUUCUGUUCCGACUGUUAGAUAUGCUGUCCAAGGAGCCUCCGUGGUGUGACGGCUCCAACUGCUACGAGUGCACCGCCAAGUUCGGAGUCACAACUCGCAAGCAUCACUGUCGUCACUGCGGACGUCUGCUUUGCCAUAAGUGCUCGACCAAGGAGAUUCCCAUUAUAAAGUUUGAUCUCAACAAGCCAGUGCGUGUUUGCAACAUUUGCUUUGAUGUGCUGACUCUGGGUGGGGUCUCUUAGUGAGCCCUGAGGAGGGUCCGAGCCACAACCUCGGUCCCCUCCCCAGCAGCUGCUCUGCUCACCAGCCUGCCCCCCGCCCUGAGCAGGCACUGGCAGCCAUCCUCCUGUGGCAAUAGACUGGAACAGUGGCAGAGCCCAGCGCCAUCCCGGUGCAGACGAGUCUGUGUGAUUGUCAGUGUGUCAGACUGUGAUCAGGUUUAUUUUGAUGUCUCAUUCUUGGACCAGGCCAUGUGGCCUCCGUGGUGGAUGUGAUAGACAGUAGGCCCCCGUCUGCCAGCAGCCUCCAAGGAUACGCGAAAUCCAUGGUCCCUUUUCCCGAGCUGGGCCAGCUGCUCCUGAGAGCCGGCAGCCCCUGGCCCAGCGGCGGUGGACUUCUCUGUGGAGUUUUCACCAAGACAAGUGGGACCCUCUGCCCUGGAGUCUUCCUCCCCGUCCCCCACCAAGCUGAGCUGUAUUUUUUAGUGAGCUACCCCUUUUAAAAAAUGAAAUCUUUCUAAACAGGGUUCAAAAUCGAGAGCUAACAAAUCGUGGCCUUAACAGCAGAAAGCUUUACCAGUGUUCAUGCUAUCAAGGUGUCCCCCGUACCACUGGGCAGCCUGAUGUCUCCGAGCGCCGUCUCCUUCCCUUGUCCUCUGGUGUCCCGUCUCUGGCGGCCUCAGUCAGUCAGCCUGCCGCCAGGGUGUAUGUGGUGGCAGGGAGGGUGGGGGCAGAUGCACUUUGUGCUGCACUUUUGACAUAGCUGCAUCGUUAGUGAGCCUGGAUUUCCAGAAAGAACCCUGCUCAUCCCGGCCCCUGUGACUCUAACAUGCAGUUUGGGCUCCUACAGUGUUUUGGAGCAAGAGAAUCGUGCUGGCCAGUGGCAAGCGGGGGGCCUCAGUGAGAGGGUAGUGCU